AUGUCGUCGUCAUCGUCGUCGACCUACUUUGGCGCCGGCGACGACGAUUCGUCGGCACAAUCGCCGUCGUAUGAGACGAACACAUCGCCUUCAUCAUCGACGACACGCUACGCCGAGCCCAACGACUCGGAGAAUCCGAUCAGCGGUUUGUUCUCAUCGACGAGUCCGACGCAGUCAACAUAUCCCUAUUCACUUCGAAAGCGUCGAACAUGCUCGAUGCCGCAGAAAGACGAGGAUUCGUGUUUUCCGAUCACUGCCGCCACAGCUGACGAGACGCCGCAGCCGAUAUCGAAAAAAUUUAAAUUGGAAUCGGUGUCGCCCGGCGAAGCGCGGAAAGACUUUUCUAUAGACGACGAUGAAGAUUUCGAUUAUCGAAGGGAAGGAGAUGGCAUUGAUUAUGCGAAUCGGUUGCCCGAUGAGCUUUUAUUAAAGAUUUUCUCCUAUCUUGCUGAUACUGAUAUACUCUCGUGCAGUUGUGUUUCACAUCGAUUCAAUCGGAUUGGAAUGAGUAACGAAGUUUGGAAGGAAUUAUACUAUGAAACGUAUGAUUACCGACUGCCGCUUUAUCAUCCGGUGCAUGGGAAGUUCGAGUUUCGGGAACCCCAAAAGUGGAGGGAUGAGAAUCCAUGGCGGGAAUCACAUAAGCAAUUGCAAAAAGGUGUACAUGUGAUGAAGGAGAACAAAUUCUGUCGGGCGACAUAUAUGCAAGUGUUCGACCAACUUGAAGCAGCUUUAGCAUUCAUCGAAUUGAAUCCCGAUCGCGAAAAGUUGGUGCUUCUCCAUAGCGGCGUCUACGAGCCGACCGACACGAUAUUCAUCAAUUCGAAUGUGCAAAUAAUCGGGGCGAGCGACACGCGCGACAUCACCUCGUCGGUGAUCAUCGAAGGCACACGGAAUACGGCGAUCUCGUUUCUCGAAGGAAGCACCGGCGCCUAUUUCGGCUUCAUCACUGUCAGAUUUCGGCCCGACGGCACGAGAAAUGCGAUUUCGCAAGGACAAGGGCAGAAUCACGUUUACUCGAUUCUCGUUACUGACGAGGGCGCCGAGCCUUAUAUCGAACGAUGCGACAUCAGCUCAAAAGUCGGAAACGGCGCAGCGGUGUGCGUCAAGAAGAACGCGGCGCCGAAAUUCAAAUACUGCACCGUUGUGGAUUGCGAGAACGUCGGCAUCUACAUUACGGAUCACGCCACCGGUCAUUAUGAGCAUUGCGAAAUCGCCAGAAACACGCUGGCCGGUGUUUGGGUCAAGAAUCACGCGAAUCCCUACUUUCGCAAAUGUCACAUUCAUUCGGGAAAAGACGUUGGCGUGUUCACAUUUGAGCAUGGCCAAGGCUAUUUCGAAAAGUGCAACAUCCACUCGAAUCGGAUAUCGGGCAUCGAGGUGAAGAACUCGGCGAAUCCGGUGGUGAUACGCUGCGAGGUUCACCAUGGCCACACCGGCGGCAUUUAUGUGCACGAGCGCGGACGCGGACAAUUCAUGGAGAACCGCAUUUACGCGAAUGCUUUCGCCGGAAUUUGGAUCACGUCGCACUCGGAUCCGACGAUUCGGAAAAACGAGAUUUUCACCGGCCAACAGGGCGGCGUCUACAUUUUCGGCGAGGGGCGUGGGCUCAUCGAGCAGAACAAUAUCUACGGAAACGCGUUGGCCGGCAUUCAAAUUCGAUCGCAAUCCGAUCCGAUUGUUCGUCUCAACAAAAUCCAUGACGGACUUCACGGCGGAAUUUAUGUGCAUGAGAAAGGAAAGGGACUCAUCGAGGAGAAUGAGGUGUACGGCAACACGCUGGCCGGUAUUUGGGUCACGACGGGAUCGUCGCCGAUUCUCCGCAAAAAUCGCAUUCAUUCUGGAAAACAGGUCGGUGUCUACUUCUAUGAUCAGGGCCACGGUCUUCUCGAGGAGAAUGACAUUUUCAAUCAUCUCUAUUCGGGUGUGCAGAUCAGAACCGGAUCGAAUCCGAAAAUCACACGCAACAAAAUUUGGGGCGGACAGAAUGGAGGCGUUUUGGUCUACAAUGGCGGCAAGGGAUGUUUGGAAGACAAUGAGAUUUUCGACAAUGCCAUGGCUGGUGUCUGGAUCAAAACGGAUAGCGAGCCGAUUCUGCGGAGGAAUAAAAUCUACGAUGGACGCGACGGCGGCGUGUGCAUUUUCAAUCGCGGACGAGGACUAUUGGAGGAUAAUGAGAUUUUCCGAAACGCGCAAGCCGGCGUGUUAAUCUCGACCGAAUCGAAUCCGACGUUACGCCGCAAUCGAAUUUUUGAUGGAAAAUCGGCGGGAAUUGAGAUUACGAAUGGUGCCACAGCGACAUUGGAAGAGAACCAGCUUUUCAGGAACAAGUAUGGAGGUCUCUGUGUUGCCACUGGCGUGACGCCGGUUCAGCGAAACAACAAGGUGUUCGACAAUCACGACACGAUCGCCCGCGCCAUCAAAUCCGGCCAGUGUCUGUUCAAAGUGAGCAGCAACAACAGCUUCCCGAUGCACAAUUUCUUCAGAUGCGCGACGUGCAAUACCACCGAGAGGAACGCGAUCUGCUACAAUUGCAUCAAGACGUGCCAUCGCGGCCACACCAUCGAGCACGUGCGGUUCGAUAGAUUCUUCUGCGAUUGCGGCGCCGGCACGCUGGAACGCCAAUGUCAUUUGCAGAACGUGCCGCGCGACAAUGACACCGUUUACGAUUCGGCGACGCCAAUAUCGACAGAAACGGGCACCGAGAUCUGA